AGAGAGAGAGAGCCAGGCUGUCACUGGUCGGUGCGGUGUGUGCAGCAGCAGCAGCAGCUUGCCUAAGCAGACGGCGGCCCGCGCCUCCGGUCCCAUCUAUCGUCGUCCUCCCUUCAUUUCCAUUCUCCGUCUCUUCCCCUUUUUUGCUCACUCCUCUCUCCCCUGUAGACGGCUCGGAGAGAUGUCCGCCAGACCAGGAUUUUAUCGGCAGGAGCUGAACAAAACUGUGUGGGAGGUUCCGGAACGAUACCAGAACCUGACGCCGGUGGGCUCAGGAGCUUAUGGAUCGGUGUGUUCGGCGUAUGAUGUGGUCUUAAGACAGAAGGUUGCAGUGAAGAAACUGUCCAGGCCUUUUCAGUCUCUGAUCCACAGCCGCCGCUCAUACCGGGAACUCAGGCUUCUCAAGCACAUGAAACACGAGAAUGUAAUAGGGCUUCUGGACGUCUUCACACCUGCUGCAACAUUAGAAGACUUCAAUGAACUCUACCUGGUGACUAACCUGAUGGGUGCAGACCUCAAUAACAUCGUUAAAUUUCAGAGGUUGUCAGACGAGCAUGUGCAGUUCUUAAUUUACCAGCUCCUCCGUGGCCUCAAGUACAUCCAUUCAGCAGGAUUGAUCCACAGAGACCUCAAGCCAAGUAAUGUGGCAGUAAAUGAGGACUGUGAACUGAGGAUUCUUGACUUUGGAUUGGCCAGACAGACUGAUGAUGAGAUGACAGGGUAUGUGGCGACUCGCUGGUAUCGAGCACCGGAGAUCAUGCUGAACUGGAUGCACUACAAUCAGAAUGUUGAUAUUUGGUCAGUGGGAUGCAUUAUGGGAGAGCUACUGAAGGGAAAAGUCCUUUUUCCUGGCACUGACUAUAUUGACCAGCUGAAAAGAAUCAUGGAAGUGGUUGGAACUCCGACACCUGAGUUGUUAAAGAAGAUCUGCUCUGAACAUGCGCAGAAGUACAUCCAGUCACUGCCCUUCAUGCCCCAGCAGGACCUGGAAAAGAUCUUUAGAGGAGCAAAUCCACUAGCUGUUGAUCUAUUGAAACGUAUGCUGGUUCUGGACUGUGAUGGGAGGAUCUCGGCCAGCGAGGCUCUGUCACACCCCUACUUCUCACAGUACCACGAUCCAGAUGAUGAGCCAGAGGCCCCGCCUUAUGAUCAAACACUGGAGAGCAAGGAUCGAACUCUAGAAGAAUGGAAAGAGUUGGUAUUUGAAGAGGUGAGCAGCUUCAAAGCACCCGGCAGCAAGACUGAUAGCCUUCAGGUGGAGCAGUAAGCCUCCUUCUGCUCUGCCUCUACCUGGAGAACUGGAGACUGUGUACUCAGUGAAUGGGAGAAGGACUGUGGCAAGAAAACUCUGCAUCCCCCUCUGCUGUGUGUGACUGUGUUUGAUUGCCUGUCAUGAGUGUGUGUGAGCAGCAGGCAGGACGGCCUCCAGGGGAUUAGAUGCACACAUUACGAUUACAGGGAGCAUUUAGAUAGAAGGAUUUCUCCAGUGCAGAAAGUUGCUUCCUCUUAUGUUUCCACUCAGUGAGGUUAAAAUGAGGAACAGUUCAACUCGACUACGUCACGGAUCACAGACAAAGUGAGGACUCAUACGAUGGAGUAACUUUAAGACGCUUAACUGUGUUUACAGACUGAUAGAUGGGUAUUGAAGUAAGAAAAAAUGCACACUAGGAUUUCCAAAGCAACAACAGGAACAUCACCUGGUCCCUCAUCGUGACAAUAAGCAGUCACUGCUUACAUGUAUGGAAUUCAUGUUUAAAGGCUUGCAGCAAUGCCACGGUAUGUCACAGAACAGCUUUAGCCUGCAUACUACUGCAUGAUUUUUGUGCAUUUUAUGAUUACUGCAUAUUACUGGUACUGUACUAUAACCAUUGAGACUGCUUAUUGCAUCUGCCACACUGGUAUAAAACCAGUUUGAAGGACAGAGAGAGGCAUUACCAGGAUCGUGACCAACUUUGAGCCUGUUUAUCAUUUCUGCACAGUGAAAAAUGUGAUACAAAAGCAAACACAAACUGCCGUUCUUCCUCAGAUGAAAAUCAUCCUCCCCUGCUUACAGAAUAGUAAACACCAACUGUGCUAUUAAUUAGCAAGGUAACUGAUAUACACCAAAGCUGGAACAGAACGACUGUGCUGCAGGUCUGUGUUUACAGUGUGACCUCGCUUCUCAUAUACAGUUUCCGCUGGUGGCUGAUUUCUAAUCACCUGUUGGCUUUGGCACUGUGCCAUCGGGUUUCCAUAGUUCUCUGCUGUGUCUUUUACAGCCCUGGGUCGUGUUUACAAUAAUUAAGUUUGCAGGCAUUUUGUAAACUGUUAGCAACAGUUCCCAGAAUGUGUGUAACAGUACUGGGCAAAACUCUAUUAUACAACUUUCAGCUCCAUCCAAGCAACGACUGGUCAAACUGAUGAUUCACAUGAAGCAGCCAUAUUUGGCUUUUGUGGCAACCAGGGAGCUCAUUAGCGAUCUUUCAUGUUUCCUCAGCUUCUUUUCCAUUUUCAUGAUGCUUGAGUAUUAUAAGAGAAACCAGAUUGUACACAUUCAUUAGUGAACAUAGUAUUAAAGCACUGGGGAUGUUCUUUACCUCAUUUGUGAGUAUUUCAGUGUUGCUUCCAUACAUUAUUGCGACAUUAUUGUACCCACAGUCAUAUAAGGAACUCCCUCACAGAUGACAUUCGUAUAAGCAGCAUGAGCUCAGUGCAUAUGCAGGUUAUUACACCAGAUGGCUGACUUCCUCAUUGACACUGCAUCACUCAUCUUGCAGCAGACUGAGUUUUAGUUCUACAAACUUUCUCGCUGAGGUAGAAAUAGUCUGCUUGUGUUAAAACACACUGCACAGAACCAGUGAACCACAUGUUUUAGAACCAUGCAUCUCAGAAUAUCACCUGAUCGUGAUAGAUUACAUUCUAAAUUUAGUUAUGAUUACAGAUGCGAUUCAUGUGUAAAAGAUGAUCAGGUGAUACAGGUCCUCAAACCAUCUCCAAUGUGGUGGUUUAAAAUAUAUUACACCCCAAAUGCAUCAAACUACAUAAUUAAACAGUCUGCUCCUGUUUAGAGCAGCACUAAAAUGCUACUUUUAGUAUGAAGGAUACAAAAUGUCAUCUGAGUGGAUGCAAAUAUGAGAUAAAAAUCUGAACAGAAAGUAAAGUGGAGGGUUAAUUAACUGAUGCCAGCUGACGUUUUGGGAGAUAAAAGAGUUAUUAAUCAGGAGCAUUUCUGACCAUUUGAUGGCAAGUAGCAGUAAAAGUAGUGCUUUAGGUUUCCAACAAAGCUAACAGCUAGCUCUGAUUUUAACCUAGGUUGAAAUCCGUUGUAAUAUCAAUAUACUAGUAUAACUACAGUGUGGAGUAUACACAUGGUUGGCAGUCAAGCUUGAGAUUUAAUUUACUGCAGAUAUGAGAUGAAAAAUAGAAUGAGAAGCCAAUUUAAGGGAAUUUCUUAUAAAUCAUGUCUAUAUCUGCACCAGAUGCUAUCUUGAUACAAGUUGGCCUAAUGACAGAUGCAGAUAUUCAGCAUUAUCUAGUUUGCCUGACUGAUCUUCUAAUGCCAAGUAGCAACAUUGGUAGCUGUUUAGGUUAGUUAAAUAACUAGCUAGCUCUGAUUAUAACCUAGUCAGUUCAAAUCUGGCUAGGCUAAAAUCAGUUGUGUGUUAAUGUGCCAUUUAUUAGGUGCCUUCAGAGUCAUACAAGGUAAACUGUUUUUUUCAAGAUGGAUACUAAUGGCACGUGUAAACAGGAUUAAUGAUUUUCCAGGUUAGUUUGCCUAUUGUACUUUUUAAUGCAAAGUAGCAGCACUAGUAGUUUUAGGUACUGCAAGGAAAACUGUGGCACUUUGGCUCACACUCAAGUUUAACUCAAUGAAUUAAGAUUAUUUCUACCUCAAAGAAACAUUAGUACGACUAAAACAUCAAACACAAGAAACGUAUUCUAAACUCUUUUUUUCCCAUAAUGGAUCACACUGGAGUGGCACAUGUAGCCCUUUGUGGAAGUCGUCCAUUAACACUGGAUGCAAAAUGUUGAAUUUACAGUUCAAACUAAUCAAAACUGUCUGUCUCAGUCAAAGUGUGUUAGAGCUCUGAAUGUUAAAGUGUUACAUGCUUAUGUGGAUCUUGUACAUGUGGUGGAUUUGAAUAGCAAACUGCAAACCGAAUGUAUAUGUAUUCUGUAUGUAUGUAUGUUACAAGUUAGAAGUGUCUUUUGAAUACAUGGUGGCAUGUGAUUCCGCUGUAGCCACAAGUUUCAAAUCACUAAACUGAAUGUCAGCUCUUGAUUUUAAAAUGAUUCUGAUGAUUUUCUCAUUCAUCAUCAACGGGUAAACAUGACUUGGCAAGUCUUGGCUUCAACAGAAUAAACACCAUCAUUUCUG